GUCCGACGCGACCACGAGGAGGAGGACCACGCGUUCGAUCCUCCACCGACCAUUACAACCUUUCUCUCAAUACAACGAUAAAUAAGCAGAAAACACACUCAUAGGCCAAGACGGCGCAAUAGCCUCUACUAUGACGGCCGAGAGGGCCUGGGAAGUCCCCUUUGAAGUGGCGCCGCCCCCUGAGGAGGAUGAGUGCCUCUCACAGCUCCCGUCACAGAUCCCCUCACAGUCCACGGCCUCCCAGAUGUGGUCCAAGGCUCCACCUUCCUGGGGUGGGGUCCGGACACACCAGUCAGUCCCACAGCACCAGGAGCCCUACAUUGACUCUGGGGGGAACACAUGGGACCACCAACUGGCCCCUGAGGCACAAGGUCACCAAGUCCAGGACCUCUACACCCAGGAGCUCAACCACACAGAGGCACAUCAGCCACAGGAGGACUUUGACCAACAGGACUAUGACAAGUACUAUAUCAGUGACCCAGAGCUGGAGGAGGGUCACCAGGAAUAUAAUUCCACAGGUCACACUCUUGAAGGUCACCAGGUAUACCAAGGUCAAACUAUGCAAGGUCACCAGGUCUACCAAGGAGGGGGUCACGCCACACCAGGUCACCGAGUCUACCGAGGAGCUGGGCAGGUCACUCAGGGUCAACAGAUAUACCAAGGAAUGGGUAACGCUGCACAAGGUCACUCAAGCUUCCGUGUAGCUGGGCAGGUCACACAGGGUCAUGCCGGGCUGCAAGGUAACCAGGGGCAGCAGGGUGAGAAGCAACACCUGCCUGUCCAUCUAACCCCAGCCUCCUCUCUGGUCAGGGGCAGUGGGAAGCCUCAGCCUCCUGCAGUGACAAAAAAGAGCAGUGGUCCCAGUGGUCCAGGGGGAGGCAUGCUGAGGCCAGCUGGGGACAUACCCAACCCGUAUCGUUCCCUGUUCUCUCAGUUCCCCUUCUUCAAUAUUGUUCAGUCCACGGUGUUCAAGGAUGUGUUCCAGUCAGACCGGUCAGUGGUGGUGUCGGCGCCCACAGGGUCCGGGAAGACUGUGGUGAUGGAGCUGGCCUUGGUGCGCCUCAUGAUGACCCGAGACAGCCAGGCCAGCAGUGAAAACCCGCCCCAGCUUGCCAGAGUGGUGUACAUGGCCCCCAUGAAGGCCCUGGUGACAGAGAGGUACCUGGACUGGCGGCAGAAGUUGGCACGCCUCAACCUGUCCUGUGCCGAGAUCACCGGAGACACAGAACAUGACGACAUCACGGUCAUCAAAAACUCUGAGGUGAUACUGACCACCCCUGAGAAGUGGGACUUCCUGACCCGCCGUUGGAGGGACCACGCCUCCCUUAUGCAGGCCGUAUCUCUCCUCCUCAUAGAUGAAGUGCAUGUGCUGAAUGAUGAAGGUCGAGGCCCCACCCUUGAGGCAGUGGUGUCCCGCAUGAAGACCAUCCGCGCCACUAGGCCCUCCCAGGGGAACUCCGAUGCCUCGCCCCACCUCAGGUUUGUGGCAGUCUCGGCUACGAUUCCCAACGUUGAGGAUGUUGCUGCCUGGCUCUCGGAUGACCCCUCUCCUGCAGUCUAUCACAAGCUGGAGGAAAGCUUGCGGCCCGUCAAGCUGCGUCGUGUGGUUCUUGGUUAUGACUGCCGGGAGAGUUGGACAGAAUUUCGCUUUGACCUCGCCCUCAACUACCGCCUGCCCGGUGUCAUCGCCAACUAUAGUGAUAAUAAACCUACCCUGGUGUUCGUCUCAACAAGAAAGGCAGCCCAAUCCUCUGCCUCCACCCUGGCCAAAGAAGCGCGGCUUAUACGUGAUGCAGCCCACAAGCAGCUCCUCACCACUGUUGCCAAUGGUCUCAGGGACAACAAGCUCAGAGAAUGUGUGAUGUGCGGCGUUGGGUUCCAUCAUGCUGGGUUGGUGGCAGGUGACCGACGACAAGCUGAGGAGCUCUUCACUGCCAGUCAGCUGCCCGUCCUUGUGGCCACCAGUACCCUCGCCAUGGGGGUCAACUUACCUGCUCAUCUGGUGGUUGUCAAGUCCACCUCACAGUACGUGGGUGGUGGUUAUGAGGAAUACUCUUCGGCCCAGCUUCUGCAAAUGACAGGGCGUGCAGGGAGGCCACAAUUUGACACUCAUGCCACUGCUGUCAUCAUGACCAAGAGCAAACAUAAGGUCAAGUACGAAAACCUGGUAACAGGACGUACCCAGCUAGAGUCUCAUCUCCACCUUCACCUGGCGGAACACCUGAACGCCGAGAUCGUACUCGGGACAGUGACGGACCUGGGGGUGGCCGUGGAGUGGCUUCGGUCCACCUUCCUGUACGUGCGGGUGCAGCACAACCCAAGCCACUAUGGGCUGCCCAAAGACCUGCAGCAGACACAGCUCGAGGCCAGGCUGCAAGAGAUGUGCACGAAGGAGGUGAACGCCCUGGCACGUGCUGGGGUCAUCCUGUUGGGGGAGAUGGACAUAAAACCCACGCUACCCGGCAGACUGAUGGCACGGUACUGCGUCUCCUUUAGUACUAUGAAGACCUUCCUGCAGCUGACGGGGCAGGAGAGUCUCAAGGACGUGGUGGAGAUGGUGUCAGCCUGUCAGGAGUUUUACGACAUCAAGGUGCGUGUGGCGGAGAAGAGAGUGUUGAACGAGCUGAACAAGAGCCAGACCUCCGCUAUCCGGUAUCCCAUCAAGGGCAAGAUUAAGACCAGGGAACAGAAAGUUAACUGCUUGGUGCAGGCCACGCUGGGCAGUGACAACAUCGUGGACCCGGGCUUGAGUCAGGAGGCCAGCAAGAUAUUCCGCACAGGACAGCGCCUCACCAAAUGCCUAUCUGAGUACGGGGCCUCAAGAACAGAGUACCAGCUGCACCUCAACACCCUGCUCCUGGCCAAGUGUUUCAGCUGCCGCCUCUGGGAAAACAGCCGCUUCGUCACCCGCCAGUUGGAGCGCAUCGGACCUGCCUUCAGCCUGGCGUUCGUGCAGUCCAAGAUCACCUCCUUCGCGGCCCUGGAAGCCACCUCGCCCCGGGACAUUGAGUUGAUCCUCAACCGCCAGCCGCCUUUCGGGAACCGCAUCCGUGACCAGGCGAUGAAACUGCCCCGCUACGAGGUCACCGUGGAGCAGCUCAACCAGGUGAGUCGCGAGAAAGCUGACCUGCGGGUGACGGUGCGGCUGGCCAACCUAGAGGCCCUGAAGGACGGCUCCACCACGCCUACGCACCACGCCUGCCGCCUCCUGCUGGGGGACGCCGAUAACAAGGUCGUCCACCACCACAAGAUAACGGAUGUGGCUCUCAAGGCGCGUGGGUCCGUGAGUCGUGUGAUCAACGUGUCAAGAGCCCAGACCGGAGACGCCCUGGAGAUUAACUACAUUUCGUUGACCUGGGGUGGUCUGGACGUUCAGAGUACCUACACCCCUCGUUACCUGCCCCGCCCACCCACCACAAUGAAGUCCACUAACACCACCACUAACACCACCCUCAAGCAGGAGAACAAGAGCAACAAUAAUACCAACACCAGCAACACCACCACCACUGAGCCGAGUGUUUGGGCAGGUAUCGGGGAGCGGCGUGCCUGUCUACACACCUGUGGAGACAAACGUAAUUGUGCCCACACCUGCUGCAAGGUGGGCGUGAGUGCCAAGCCGAGCAGUGGGCGUGGAGGGGAGGUGCCGGCUGUGGUGGAGGAGGUGAGGAAGAGAGCCACACACCUGCCCAACACACCUGUCAAGAAGCUCAAGGGCACCGCAGGCAGCGGGUCGGUGGACCUCUCCCAGUUCAGCUACACCCCAUCCCAGUCCUUGCUGAUGCCGCCCCCCGCUCCCCGCGGCAGACAGCAAGCCUUUCCUUCAUAUCACAAAGUUUGCCGCUUCGACGGGGACCAGACCACAGCCGGGUCUUUUGCCGGCAGGGGUCUUAACCCUCGGCCGAUGAGCACACAGGGGCUCCGGAGGCACACCCAGGGGCUAACCCAGGGGGAUGAGUUUCUCACAGACGAUGUAAUACACGAGUUCGUGAGCGAGGCCGAUUUCACCGAGGAGGAGCAGACUGACGACUUCGCAGAUAUGGAGGCUUUCUUGGUCGACUUUGAGAAGGAGAACGUCCUCGAGGAAUACGAGGACGCCUUCAGCGAGCCUCUCGAAGUCGAGGAUAUCCAAGGCGCAGAUGUGGACACGUCGUGGGUGCAAGACCACCAGAGUCACCCCUCUCCAGCCGCCGCCAGGGGUAUACGCCCCCAGCCACGGGGAGUAAGGCCAGGACAGAGGCCCGUCAGACCCCAGCAUCCCAUGGCCAGUCAAACUCCUAGGCCACAGCGACCCACAGGCAUGCAGGUCACACGGGGUCAGGGGUCACAGAGGCCACCAGGUAGUGCUGGGCGAGGUCAGGGAUUGGUCAAGCCCCCGGGGACGCACACCACCCAGGCUAAGCUGACCCGAUGGCUGCAGACCGGCCAGAUCACGGCGCCCCCACGCAGCCAGACCAGCCAGCCGAGUAGACCCGUGCCGAGCCAGAGCCAGCCAGUGAUGCGGCCACCACAGCCACAUGCCAGCCAGAGCCAGCGGUGCUUCAGGCCAGCAGGAGUUAUGGCCAGUCAGGGCAGGCAGCCCCUCAUACCCGCUGGACCAGUGACCACUCAGACCUUUUCACGACCCACACCUGUCACCAGCCGGAAUGUGUACCCUGUGAGACCUGCAGGACCAGUAGCCUGUCAGAACAUGCAGCCCCUCAGACCAGCAGGUGCCAUGGCGUCUCAGAACAGACCCACAGCAGUAGCCAAUCACAACACUCAGCCCCCAAGACCCAGAGCUGCGGUCAGUCAGAACUCACAGCCCUUCAGACCAGCAGCAGUAGGGAUCAAUCAAAAUAUGCGGUUCGUUAGACCAACAGGAGCAGUACCCAGUCAGAACACACAGUCCUUCAGACCCAUGGCUGUCCCCUCUAGAAACACACAGCCCCAGAGGUCAUCAGGAGCGAUGCCCACUCAGAACACACAGGCCUUCAGACCUUUAGGAUCCCAGACAGGCCAGACCUAUAGACCAGCCGGCCCUCCAGGAGCAACGACCAUGCAAGGGUACGGUCCUUCCCCCCAACACACCAACACCCAGGCCCUUCAGUCACAGGCUCAGCCCAGAGAUGCAGGGCCAUCACAGGGCAGCCAGCAGGCCUUGGGAGCCACAUUCCAGGCCACAAUGGCUCUUGUCACCCCCUCUCAAAGACCACUUCAGACGCAGGCACCUCGAGGGCCAGCCACCCAGCCGUCUGCCCCCACCAGACAGGCGCCACAGACCAGCUACCAACCGUUCAGGCCGUCGUAUGCACCGGGCGGACAGGUGAAGGAUGCCGGAGAGUCCUCGGGGUGGCAAGGCAGCCAAACCGUCCCUUGCAUGCAGGGGGAGGGCGCCGUGCAGUUGCAAGAAGGAGGCGAGGCCAAUCAGGAGCAUGGAGGAGGAGGAGGAUGGGCACACACCAGCACCUCCCACGGGGGUCACCCUUACAGCACACUCCCCCGCACCACCGAUGCCGUGACUCCAGGGGCAGCAGGCACUCUCACAGCCUCACAGACCUUCGGGGCACCGUGGCAGCAGCAGCAGCAGCAGUACUCAGCCAGUGACUGUCUGUGGGGCCCGCAGGGAGGCAGCAGCCUGAAGCAGUUUUCCCUGCCGGCUGCUGGCAUUGAAAGCUCCUCCGUCAGUGAGCCGCCAGCCGCCCCUCACGACGCCCCCCCGCCCCCCCUCAUCACCAGUACGGCAGACACAGCCUUCACCUCACUUGAAUCUGAAUACCAAAGCAGUGUUGCCUCCUCCAGCAGCCGCGGCCAUUACUGGUCCAACAUAUCGCAGCUCCAGCCACUGUCAGAGUCACCCGCAGGGGACCGCCGCGCCGCGCCGCACGCCAGGCCGAUGGCGGGGGUCAGGCCGCUCGUGGUUGGCGGCGCCUCAGGCAGGAAAAGGGAGCCCGACCCCUUCUCUCACCUGACCAAGGAAUGGGACGAGGUGCAGCGAGGGCGGGGUAAGGGCAGGCUCAGCAACAUCAGCCUCCCGGCGGCCUCGCCUCGCCGCCCGGAGCGGCAGGCUCCCCCCACCCCCACCCCCACCCCCACGCCGGCCCCGGGGGGACAGGAUGACGAGUGGCGUGACCUGGAGAUGUUCCAGUGGUGUCGCCGGCAGGAGAGGCUCGCUCUGCACUCCCUGUACAAACGGGACCACCAAGGCGAGGCCCAUCACUCGCCCACUGAGCUGGCCUCCAAGGGCCGCCCCGCCAGGGAACACACGCUCCAGGGCAGCAGGUUGCAGAUCACCUACGACAACGGCAGCCAGGGCCCCGUUGUGGGCGUGGGGCUGAGCGGCGUUGGCGGCGCCCAACAGAAAAUCAACAUUAACUUGUCCAGCCUGGACCGCGGCGCCACGACCAGCACACAGGGCGUCGAGGAGCCGCAGGUGCGAGGCAUACUCAAGAAACCUACUCAGAGCUCGUGGUGUGUCCCGGACAUCUACGAGGGCAUCGACUGAGGGCGCCGCGGUAAGUACCCUGCUGCUGACGGUGGAGGAGGAGGAGGAGGAGGAGGACUAACAAGAGCAGGAUGGAGAGGAGACGGAGGAGGAGUUAGCAAGGAGGGCAAUGACUACAGUACAUAUGGAAGAGGAGGAGGAGGAAGAUGAGGAGGUAGUUGAGAGGUGAUAUUAGUAACAGUGAUCAUGGAGGAGGAGGAGGAAGAGGAGGAGGAGGUGAAAGCCAUAGAAGAGGAGCAGAAGGAGGUGAAGGAGGUAGUGCAUAUGAUAGGGAGUAGAAGGAUAGAGUGAUAUAGGAUAGGAGAGGAAGGAAGGAGUAGCAAGAAGAAGAAGAAGAGGAAAAGGAGAUGCUUAUAAUCGGAAGUAAAAUGAGGCGGAGAUUGAUAGAAUAGAAGAGUAACAAAUGGAUAGAGAAAUUAGGAUGUAGUAGAGA